AUGCUGGAGAUCCCCGCUGCUUUCAUUGGCGAGUUUGACGCCCUUGACGGGCCGAAGGUGACGUACGCUUUUGAGUACUUUGAUUUCAACCGCGUUGCCAAGAAUAGUUCUAUUGUACGCCAGCUGCUGUGCUUCAUUGAAGGAAAGACGCUUCUGGGUAAGCAUGUCGCGAGUGGUCUGCUGCAUCAUGAGUGCCAAGACUACCUCAACUAUGUAGCAGCUCACGUACUCACGUCAAAUGAAAGUCGAGAGGAGCGCCUGCUGUACCAAGAAAGUGGGUGCCCGUGCGUCGGCAGCUUUCUUUUCAGUAUACCGGACAUCGUGGCGCGCGGGGAGAAGCGCCGGUUUUGUCUUAUAUUUCUGCAUCCUUCGUAUCACGAGCUAGUGGCGCGAUGGGAUUACCUUAGUUGCUUUACCGAGGUGCUGUUGAGGCGGUGGACGCAGCGCGCUACUGCUCGAUAUCAGCAGGAGUAUGCUACCGUGGCAAACUUGGAGCAGCUACGUGAGGAGUCGCGCCGGAAGCCGCUCCGCUCGCUCACAGAGCUCCUUUCCCUUCCCGACCCAGGCUCAGAUAGUGCGUUGACGUCUGCUGCAGCACAGGAACUUGUGAUGGAGAAUAUGCAUUGCCAAUUCGAAGUUGUUCUUCCCCAAGCACUGUCGGAACCCAUUCCUUUGUCGAGUCACGAUAAGGAGGCUGCGCAGCGUGACGCUGAGCGGAUCUUGGAAGACCGACUGCCGUUUGCUCAGUCCUGUAUUGACCGGGUGAAUACAGACGCCGCACAUCUAUGCAACGGUGACAUUCUAAUGCUGCAAUUCGUGAAGCAGUUGGUUUUCGUCGACGCGGAAAUAGUGGUGAAGCCGCUACCACUGUGGCUUCUUCAGUUUUUCUCUGACACUGCUGUCGAGAGCGCGCCAGAGGCUGCGGUACACAUCCUUUUGCGUGCUCUUUUCAGCGGCAACCAGAUUCUCAUCACCGGGGAGGAUGCUCGAGAUUGUGCCAGUCUUGCAAUGACGUUGGCAUACACACUUCCUCCAACUCUGGUGAAGAUGCACCUCGGCUCGGAGACUUAUCGUAUGCCAUACGAAAGCCGACUCUUGACUUUUUCGCAACACGCACUCUCCAAGUACCUUUUCGUACCAUCUCCCACUGCUGCUUUGGAGCACAGCUCACCACAUAUUAUAAAGCUCUUCGACAUGGAGGCGGACGGAAUUGUACACGUGCGCGUGGACAACCAGCGUAUUAGCUCCAUUCAGGAUUGUGACCAGCUGCGCCGUGCUGCUCAGCGAAGUGAGCGGCAAGCAGAGGAAAACGAGACAACCGUCGAGCUCACCACUCUGGAAAACCGAAUACUCACCCUUCUCCAGCCGUACACUGCAUACUCGCGCGAGCAAAGCAGCAUCAGUGUAUCGGCACUCCAGCUCCUCACUACCCAGAUGCAUCAACUGGUGAGCGAGUAUGUGUUACGUGGGCGUGUUUACGGGCAGCUCUUCUCGAAACAGGAGGUAGAGGAGAACAGUAUGCCACUGACCCCAGAAUCUAGCGCACCACAAGCGUCACUGGCAAAGUCGCCGCUGCGUGCGAGUGCCUCGUCGCUGAUGGGACAGCGUCACUUUUUCACCGGUUCCGGCUGGCGCAGCUCCCUCUACAGCGGCGUGCCGCAGUCUGCGUUGUCCUCAGCUUCCAGCGGUGAGGCGGCCGCAGCCGAGCGACAAUCACUCGCCAGUUCUUCUAUCACAAAGCGCGCCCACCUCUCCCCUGUGUAUGGCAAGCAGUUUCAGCAGCAGCACUACGUCUUCUCCAGUUUUGCUCCCGAAGACCACGCGAUACUCGUUUUUUUGGGAAGUGCGUGA